CCCGGCUGUCUCUGUAAGCCACUGCGCCUGAUCUGAGUGCUACAGCACACCGCUGUCUCCCCAGUGGAAGGCUGUUCUUCUAGACCUGUGUGAAGACCUCAGAAUGUCUUACGGAUCCAUCGAUGGGGGUGCCUUUGGCAGUCGGAACCCAUUCGGGGGCCCUACAAGGCAGGGGUACCAGCCAGUAGCAACGCAGAUGAGCCCGUCAGAGCUCCAGGACGUCUUUCAGGAGACCUCUUCCAACAUCUUCCAGAUCAAUGCUAACGUUGUGUCCCUUGAGAAGAGCCUCCAGUCUUUAGGAACAUCCAGAGACACAGCAGAACUACGGCAGACUCUACAUUCCACCCAGCAGCAGACCAACAGAGUCAUCACCAGCACCAGCCAGCUCAUCAAACAGCUCUCAGAUCUCAUCAGUGGCUCCUCGCGGCAAGAUCGCCUUCGUCUGACAAGACUGAAGACAGAGCUGUCUGAUUCUGUUCAGCGUUAUGGGGACCUGCAAAAGAAAAUCGCAGAUCGGUCCAGAGCCUUGCUUCCUCCAGCCCAAAAAGACCGGAAACAGAGCCCGCAGACACCCUUCGCAGAGCUGUGUGACGAUGAGCCGGUGUUUGGCGGAGCGGAGAGCGUGGAGGGUGGAGGUCAGGCGUUCCUGGCGGAGAUCAGCGAGGAAGACGUGGAGGCACUCAGGCAGAGAGAGGAGGCUCUGCUGCAGAUUGAGAGGGACAUGCUGGAUGUCAGCCAGAUAAUGAAAGACUUGGCAUCCAUGGUGCACGAGCAGGGAGAUGCCAUAGACAGCAUCGAAGAUUACAUCCAGACUACCGCCUCCAACGUAGAAUCGGCCAAUCGGGAGCUAGCCAAGGCUAGUCAUCACCAGAGGCAACUCCGAAAGAAGAAGUGCUACUUACUCAUAGCAGGUGUAGUGGUCCUGACCUUCCUCAUCAUCAUCAUUGCUGUCUCUGCAAGAAAAUGAGCUCUGUGUUCAGGUCCUCACCUCUGUCCACUGCGAUGGGGACAGCGCUCCAUCUCCUUCUGGCCGACCUGCCCCACAGUGCUAGGACGGGAAGCUGACUUGUACCGUGUCCGUGCGUGUGUGUGUGUGUGUGUGUGUGUGUGUGUGAUGGUGUGUGUACGCGCUCAUUUGUGUGUGUGUGUGUGUGUGUUCUCAGUGUCCAUUUGUUUUGAUUCCAGCCAAAGCCUGUCCACACAUAUCUAUGACCUCUGAUCACAAUACACCAACUGCGAAGUAGACGUAAUAUUUGAAAUAUUCAGAUUAAUUGAUUGUAAUUUAUUAUAAUUGAUUAUUACAUCACUAAUUAAAUGCUUGUUAAUUAACCAACAAAAUGUCUUUUUUUUUCUCAUCAACAUUCAUAAAAGAGAGCACGUAAUUAUCAUUAAAUAAUAGUCAAUUAUUUGAUAUUACCAAUGCCCCUGCCUGGUAGUGUGAGUAAAUGCAGACUUUGGUUCACAUGACAUAUCUGAUCAUCAAAUGAAUUUUAAUAUAAAACAGAUGACAAUGCAGAACCCCCUAUCUCCACCUUCCCCUCUCCCACAAAGUUGACACCUCCCAGAUGUUCUGGAGUAGCCAGCUGGAACUUUUCAAAGAUGAAAAGUAGAACACAGCACAAACCCAAGGAUGAAUUCAGUUUGUUAACUUACCUGGAUGUAAAAGCAGCUGCCGAUUUGUGAAAACCUAAACCUGAAACUCCCUCAUCCAGUGUAAGUAAGUUCCAGAACGUAUAGUCAGGUAAUUUAAGCCCAAGACUAAUUUUGGCUCCUGUUACAAUAAUGCUAUCCAAAAGUCCCACCCUAGGUGAAAAACUCUUAUCAGUCUAUUAUGUCCAAAAGGUAGAAUUACAAGACUAACAGUUCAUGGGUGAAUGAAGUCCUUUAUUUGGUCCAUACAGUGCUACCCACAAUGGGUUUGUUGUUUGUAUUUAGAUCAGCUAAAGUGGCUUUUACAUGGUGCAUUUUCUUUAGCUGCUUGUGAAUCACUUGUAAAAAUGGCAUUGCAUAUCCAGGGUCAAGGGUCAUGCAUUCUUUCAUGAUCCUCAGCUUCAUGUAAAAAGUAACACGGAUGUGUGACACUUGUAACACCUAUGUAUACUGCAUAAAAACAGCCUGUACGAUUGUGGUCACCAUGUGCCACUCUUUCUUUCAUGUCUCCUUGUGUGUUGUUUGUAUUGCAUGAUUAUCGCAUUGUUUUCAUAAUUUUGAGUUAUUUUUAAAUGAAAAAUUUCCACGUCAAUUUACCCUAAACACUCCUGUGUUGUUGGGGAAAAAAAAUGGCGCAAGGCUUUGUUGUAGAAUUCCUGUGUUUGACUGCGAAGACAGCAGAACAUUAUUGAUAGCAGAAGUUAUAAUCUGGAGUCUUCUACUGGCUGGGGCCCAUUCACACAGGCAGAGUCAUAAAACUCUAGAGCGAGCAGGUUUAUCUCUCAAAGGGCAUAAACUGUCCUUUCAGGAUGGUAAACAGAAAAGACUGCCACAUGCUUUUCAAGUGGUGAUUUCCAAAGCUUGCCAAAACUGCAGAAUUUUCGGCACAUUCAGGGAUAGCUAUCAGAAAAUGUCAAUGAAAAAUAAAGUAGUGUCCUCUUUGAUUUAUUUUUAUGAAUUUGUGUAGUCAGUGAUAAACAUAAUGGUUAUGGGGAAUUUAUUUAAGGAGGAUUCGUUCCAAGUUGUAUGCUGAAUCAUACACAGCCAGACACACAUUACUGCAAAGAGGGUGAAAUGACUAUUUAAAGAACAUGAUGCGAAGAGGUGUAGGCAAUAAAUAUGAAAUGUCAUGUUAUGAAUCAGAAAUUUUGAUACUGAAUCAAUAAUGAAAUCUAUUUUAGUUAUUUAUCUUGCCCUUUUAAUGUGGCAUAUGAAUAAUGAUAAGAAAACUAUGCCACGUAUGUCAUAGUUUUGAGUGAUUUCUAAAAAGACAGCAUUGUUUUCUCUAUCCCUCGCUUUUUCCAUCUCCCCCUCUCUCCACACACACACACACACAAAACAUUCCUAUGUGUCAAGCUGAAAACAGAAUCUGUUGACAUGUAAAUUAUUGGCUUUUGACAGCCUCAAGCAGUAAACCCUAGGCCAACCAAAAUGAGACUGACAUAUUUAUUCUCCUGUCUACAGUUUGGAACUUUUUAGAUGAUUAAUUUGAAGAAAGUUUGUUAUUGGUUUAACGUACUGGCACCCUAUGGAAAUUCCACUGUGAAUCCGAACAAAUAAGUAAUAUGAA